AUGAGUGUACAUGAUUCGAAUGGACAUGAUGUGUGGGCAUCAAAUAGCGAGACACAAUCGCCAUGGAAUGCAAAUGGAACCAAUGAGACAAACUCUCAGAAUAACACCACAACGUUAAACCAGGAUUCAAUUGUUUCUUCCACUUUGAAUAGCUUAACUCUGGAUAAUGAAAAUACUGGCCAUUCGUUGUUUGGUAGUUCAUCCCCAAUUGGUUCCGAAACAAAUAUUUUCAGAGAUUCUCUAGACGAGCCACAAGUACAAUUACCUCAACAAGAUGAUACUAGGGAACAAGGUAUUUGGGGUGGGCCUAACGAUACAGACAAAUUUCCUCCAAUAUCAGAUCCUUUAACUACCACAUUAAACAUAUUUAAUGAUGACGUUAAUAAAGGUGAGGGAUCUUCUAAAACAAAUAAUAUUGAAGAUGAAGAGCACGCAAAUAACGAGGAUUUAGGAGAAUGGAUAAAGGACACUAGGAAACUUUACAAUCCAUUAUUAUCAGAUAUAGUUUCAAUAGAAGAAAUUCCAGAGCGAGAAGGUCUAUUAUUUAAGCAUAUUAAUUAUAAAUUAGUAUUGGCUGUAGAAUUACCAAAUACUGAUCCUUCAGAUACGAAAAAUGUUGUUCGAAGAUACUCGGACUUUGAUUGGUUGCAAGAAGUUCUGUUAAAAAGGUACCCAUUUAGAAUGGUUCCAGAAUUACCACCUAAGAAGAUUAGGACCUCUCAAAAUUUAGAUCAAACAUUUCUUAAGAAAAGACAACAUGGCCUCUACACUUUUAUUAAUUUGAUAAUGAAACAUCCUAUUUUAAAAGAAGAUGAUUUAGUGUUGACAUUCCUGACUGUACCAACGGAUCUUUCAACUUGGAGGAAACAAUUAAAUAAUAAGUUUGAUACCAUUGAUGAGUUUCAAAAUAAAAAAAUUACGAAAAAUUUCAUUAAAUUGUGGAAACCAGAGUUAUCACUUCAUUUAAAUGACGUUGCCAAUUCAAUCGAUAGCACAAUUGAAACAUGGAAUAAGAUAAAUAUCAUUAUCCAAAGAUCUCAAAGAAGAUUACAACAAAAGAUACAUGAGAAUAAAAUAAUGACUAGCUUACUAAAUGAUUUACAAAGAGAGACUCCGAAAAUGUACCCUAUCGACAUAGAUGAAGGGAAUAAUAGAACAGUUCUUGACAUCAAUAACAAUCUCUCUAUUAUAAACAAACAUAUUGUUGACCUAAACACUUUAAAUGAUGAAGAGGUUGCCAAAUUAUCACAAGAAUUAAUUCCAAAAUUUGGUGUAUAUAUUGAUAUAUUAGUAUCGCUAAAGAAUAUGUUUGAAAGAUAUAGAAUAAUGGCCACUAAUAAUAUACCUCAACUACAAAGACAUAUAGAAAUCGACAUGGAAAGACUAGAAUCUAUGAAAGGUAAGCCUGAUUCAAGUGGUACCGAAUACGACCGCUUAAGACUUUCUGUAAAGAAGGAUAGAGCCUCCAUUGUUCAACAAUUGAAUAGAUCAUGGUUAAUCAGGCAAUGUAUUCUUUUUGAGUUUUCUAUUUUCCAAGAGACACAAUUUUUAAUUUCCAAUGCAUUUAAGGACUGGACGAGAUUGAAUGCAAGUACAACAGAGCUCAAUAUGAAUGCAUGGGAAAAAUUAACAAAUUUGAUUGAAAAUAUGGCGUUGUCGAAUAAUUUCUAG